AUGGCCGUCCGCAUACCACCCACCCUCCACCGCGCCAACCUCCGCCCUUACCUCGCCGAAUUCACCGGCACUCUACUCCUCAUCCUCAUCGGCGAAGGCGUAGUCGCUCAAGCCCUACUCACCGAUUUCCUCUACGCGAAUUUCUUGUCUGUAAAUCUCGCCUGGGCAUCAGCAGUAGCCCUUUCCUGCUACAUUGGUGCCUCUGUAAACCCUGCCAUCACCCUCGCUUCUGCAAUCGUCAGACCGUCAAAGGCGCAAUGGAGAGAAUUACCCGGAAAAGUCAUCGCGCAGUUUGCAGGUGCAUUUUUGGGUGCUGCGUUGGUUUACUUGCAGUACGUGUCUGCGAUCGCAGAGUGGGAUCCCGAGUACACUAUUCCUGGCGGUUCCAUCCUCUCUCCUCAAGGUCAUCAUUCAGCUGGUAUCUUUGCUACUUAUCCAGCUUCUCAUUUCAGAAGCAAUUGGGAAGCUGCAGUGUCUGAAUUCUUGGGGUCGGCGGUAUUGGCAUUUGGUGUUUUUGCUGUUGCGGAUGUGAAGAAUGAAGGGUUGAAAACACCGCAGUUUGGUGUUUUUGCGUUGAUGGUUGCGAUUGGGGCUGGUAUGGGGUGGCAGACUGGUUAUGCCGUCAACCCAGCCCGUGACUUCGCGCCCAGAGUGUUCUCGGCAUUCAUCUACGGUCGCGAAGUUUUCACUGCAAAGGGCUUUUACUUUGUAGUGCCUCUGUUUGUGCCAAUGUUUGGUUGUAUCGCUGGUGCGGCGGUGUAUGAUGCUUUUUUGUUCGAGGGCGAGGGAUCAGCUGUCACGGAUGCGCUGGAUGCUGCUGAGGGUCAUGAUGGCAGGAUUGCUAUCGAGUAG